ACCAUGACCUACUAACCGAUAUCUGCUGGAGGGGAGCGGAGAAACUGGAGCAAAGAGUCCGGCAGCAGCAGCAGCAGCAGCAGCAGCCCGAGCCAAGACCCGGCACAGCAUCACACCGAGACACGAACACUAACUUUCCCCACACGUUUCCCGGGACGUUUCCUCCACAGGAAAACAAGGGAAGGAGAAAGAAAAAAAACGGGAGCAAGCAAGACAGCUUUUGUGUCGGGGAAUGCCUCAGCCUCCUCUCCCUCCUCCAGGACACUACAUGAGAGUUACCUCGUUAUCACAAAACAAACGGCAACACUGAAGCUGGAUCCUGAAGGAAUCCUGCAGCAGACAAACCGACUUGCAUCCUGUGUGAGAGCCAGCGAAAAUCAGGGCUCUGGUCUUACAGCAAUCGUAGCUGGGCUGAAGAUUGACUGGACACCAACACCAGCGAAAAUCCACAAGUUUUGAACUAUUGCGGAGGCAGCUCAAAGGCUUUUUACUCAUACUUCAACACUUACUUCUUUUUUCAAGUUCAUUGUUCAGAAGACUACGUCAAUGUCUGAAGUGUUUGUGGAGUUCCACCUCUUUUUAAUCUUCCUGGCUAGUUUAGACACUUGAACAUUUGGAUUUGAAACAUAGAUAACACAAAUCAAUGAGGCUAUCUCUUCAAAGAGCACAAAUACCUCAUCUAAAAUUUUUUGCAGAUUCUGCGACAUAGGGCAGAUUUCUUACGAACAAGGCAGAAAGUUUUCACAGUUUGACGUCUUUUCCCUCCCCCUUCGCCAGGGACAUACUCUGGCCCCCAGCUGGAAAAAAUGGAAGGUCUCAGUCUACACAUCCGAUCUGCUAGCCCCGAAAAUGCCAUGAAAGUUGACACUUUUUCCCCUUACAAAAACAGCCCCCCAUCCCCUGUUUCUGAAGGGGGUGCACGAGCCAGUCGCCAGGCUAAAGGAUCCAAGCCCACAAUGACUUCCCGGCGCAAGCGUGAGUUCAUUUCUGAUGAAAAGAAAGAUGCUUCUUACUGGGAAAAACGAAGGAAAAACAACGAGGCAGCCAAGCGUUCGAGGGAGAAACGUCGUCUCAAUGAUAUGGUGUUAGAGAACCGGGUCAUUGCACUGAACGAUGAGAACGUUCGUCUCAAGACGGAGCUUCUUCAGCUCAAGUUGCGCUUUGGCCUCAUCAGUGCGGCCUCCUAUAUGGAGAAAAGUCAGCAGAUCUCCAACAGUGCUGCUGAGAGCCUUGCCUGCACCAACGGGAGCAGCAGUAAUGGCACAGCAAAUAACACCUACCUCUCAAGCAGCGGUUACUCCAGUGCAUCCCAGGCAAUGCUUAACUCUGACUCAUCUGAAGCUGAACAGUCAAGUCACGGUGACCGCCACACCACGCUCCACAAGUACUCACCACUGGGCUCUCUGUCCGACAUGUCUGAUGGCUCGUCCAGAGAUAGUCCUGAACCCAUUGGCUACAACAUAAAGAAGGAACCCACAAGCAUGGAGAUGGUUGGACUGGAAAGCAACAGGAUCCCCAAUGAAAUGCCAACUGGGUCUUAUCAUGGCAACCACACGCCUCUGGUUUCCCCUCACCAGCAAAAUGCCCCACUGGCUGAAAGUGCCAAGAGCUACCAGCACCACCAACGACAGCAGCAGUCCCACAUGGACACCUCCAGUCCUGCUGCUCAGGCCACAUCUGCGCAGAGGAGCGUCAUCUUGUACCGGUCCAGCAGCGGCUGUUACCCCUUGGAGAACCAGAGCCCAGAGGACCAGCAGUCCCAACAGAGCAGACUGCCUCAGUAUUGCCAGCACACCUUACCUUCCAUGUUCGCUGACUGCUCGGCAUCCAUCACUGAGGUGGCAGAGAAGCUAGAGAGGACAAAGACCAUGGACUCGCCACAGUAUGAAUACACCAAUGGACAUGCUGAGUCUGGAGAGGGGUUGCAGCAAGGGUAUAAUCACAACGCCCAACAGCUACAUGACAACCAACAUCAUUGCAGCCACCAGGGUCAGAAGAGCAGCCUACAGCACACUGAGAGCCACCAGAACCCUUUUGCUCCUGAUCUUAUCCACAGUGAGGAGGGCAAGUCCUCCUUCACUCAGCACAAUGGCUACCUCAACACACUGGAUGAAGAGCCCCCUGUGCUCACCUAUGAGGGGGGCCCCCAAGCUGAUGGUUUCUAUCAGGAAAAUUCUUCAGCGAAAGAUACAUCCUCCAGUGACGGAGAUCCUCGUAGCUCUGAUAAGGAGGGCUCUACAGAUGACGAAUCCCCCUCCUCCUUCUCCUCCUCCUCAUCAGAGAUCAGUAGCUACCACCAAAAGAGAGAAGAAGCUUCCGGUUUCCACGAUCAAUGCCAAGCCGAGGUCAAAGGCACUGCCCUGCCUCACAAGCUUCGCCUCAAGUACAGAGCUCUGUCCAAUGGGGCAGUUGGAGCUCAGGUAGAAGCCCUGGUUAACAUGGCUGCAUCCCUCUCUCCUACUUUGCCCCAGCAUCCAUACUUGGCUCUACCCUGCAAUCCUCACAGCGGCCAGGCUAGUGGUGAACGGAAAGAGAUGGAGAAUGAGACUGAGUAUAUGGAAGAUGUCAUGACUCAGGUGAAUGAGACAGAGGUUAGGAAUGAAGGACUGAAAAAAGGGAUCCAGCAUUGAGAGAGGGGGGUGCAAUAAGAGGUGGGACUAAGGACAUUUAUGAACAGCUUGAACAUUUUCUUUAUACCUCGUCAUCUGUAGAAGAUAGACUGCUGCAACUAUGGCUUACGUUGGGACCUUGCAAGACAAAAAAGCCACUGAUGUGCGUGAGAUGUAUUUAGGAUGUGAUUUCACGAUUACUUUUCACUGUGUCACCUGUACUCCUUCCUAUACUCUCUCCUACCUCCCACUGAUCCCUCUAUUUGAAAUCAAUAGACUGAUGAGGGAUAUGGCAAAAUUAUAUUCUCCAGAGCUGAAGUUUGGGAUUGUUCCCUUGUGAAAAAUGUCAACAUUAUUCAAUUAUUCAUAAUUGUAAAAUGCCUUAGGGGCAGGCCAGUUUUAAUUGUGGCAUUGCAGGAGCUAUCAUUUGACCAAAGACAAAACACAUUUCCCCUUUUGCUCAGUUUUUGGUAGAUCUAUACAUCUUCCUCCCUCUCUUCUCUGUGGCUCUCAAGUCCUCUUCUUCUCAAAGCACUUAGAUUGUAUAUUACUGUGACAUAUACAUCUGAAUAUAUGGAAUAUAUAUUUUAAGAAAAAGAAAAAAACGUUGGCAAAAAAUAAAAUGGCCGGGUGUGGAAGUUGUGGACUUAAUGUGAUGAGUUUGGUGUUUUGAAACAUUUAGUACAGUCCCUCUCUGUCUAGAAAACACCUCAAAGGUGAUUUUUCAUUAAAGCCAACAGUAAAACAAGAAUAAAGUUGUUUUUCCCCCCCCUGAUUAACGAAUAACAUCAGGGUCCUUGUUAAGCUCAUCUUUGACACUCAAAGCUUUCAAAAUAGUCAAAGCCAACUAUCUAUAUCAAGGUGACGCUGUCACACAUAAUGUCAACCUUCUUUGCCCAUUGAAUCAAUGCGUCUCCAUUUCAAGACAAAAAUGAUCUGAUGGUUAAAACGUCUCUCAAACCAGCAAAGCUGCUCUAUUUUCAAAGGUGCCUCUUUGAUGUGUUGUCCCUCGUCCCCUCGUUGGCAAAUGUCUUAAUGAUCCUGUUCAUCUAGCACUGAUUUGUUUUAGCUACAGUAACUGCAGUAGAUCAUACAGUAUGUAAAGUGGUGCCUGCCUCUGGCCACUGUGUAUAAAUGUACAGUUCUCUCUUUCUUGUAUACUGGUUUUAUUAAUAUUGUUUUCUAUUAUAUUAUUACAUUACAUUUAUUAUUUUGUGAAUUUUUGUCAUUCAUUUGUCCCGUUAAGCUCUAUGCUCUUCCUGGUUGUGCUUUGCAUUUAUCCAUGAUCCCCUUCGCCCCAUUACCAUUUGUAUUCUGUGUUACUGUAUAACCUCUGUCUUUUGCCGAAAGGCUUUCCACAAUUUAAAAAAAAAAGAGACUGGCUUGUCCAGAAGUGAUUUAUGUAUUGUUAAAAGCCACAUGGACAUGCAAAUGGUUAUGAAAAACCACUCAAUUUGAAUUUUCCUCAAAAAUGGGGGGAGAGCAAAUAAAGGUU